AUGAGCACUUCAGCAGAAGUGCGUUCAGAGCUUGCGGAGCUGGAUCGUGCAGAGGAAGCACGCUCUGUGCGCAUGAAAGCUUCUCUUCAACAAAUUGUGCAUGUGCUGCAGAACACACAAGCCUCCGUCAAAGAAGACAUGGCACCCUCACUGGAUCGGGCGAUACAGCGUGUUGGUGCACUCGAGAAACGCUUCCAGACCACUGCCAGUAUGGCAGAAAAACUUUAUCACGAAAUGAAUGUACUAUAUGAAGAGCGGAGACGCGUCGAAGAAGCCAUGCAUUGGUGUGCUGAAGUAACUCAGCUUCGCACGUCUCUUGGUCUGCUUGCAGAUGCUCUUGAGCGCCCUGAUUGGGAUGCAUGCAUACGAUAUUGCCGCGACGCAUUAAGCGUGAGCGGUGAUGUACUCCACAGCGAAUUUGCACGCGCCGUCGUGGUACGUAUCCUUUUGUCAAACCAAGAGCCUAUCCUAACUGAGUGUCAGCCCACAUCCAUGCAUCCUGAGAUGCCAACACAGUUCCUUUCACAAUUGCGCACAAGUUUACUACAAAAAAUUUCUCAAAAUUUUGAACAUUACACUAGGGAGCGGAAUGAGGAGCAAGCGACGCGGUUCCUUGGGUACUUUGCGGCGAUCGAUGCCCACGAAGAAGGCCUGGCAGCUUAUAGGUACGUGUGCGCUUGUGUACAGGAUUUUCUGGCUACUUUUUAUGAAAUAUGUGCUAAUGUAACAGUGAUUUUGCUUGCUCUAUUGUACACACCUAUGGUACAGACUUGGAGGAACGUCUUCGUAUGCCAGGUACGUCUUUUUCAACCUCGCUUACCCAUAGCAUCAUCGAACUCUGUCUAUUAUGGUAUGCUCUGGACCGCCUUGUUUGAGUAUCUGGCCAUUUUUAUCAACAAACAUCAGCCAGUCGUGGAUCGACUCUUGCAUGCACCAGGUCACAGCAACUUUCUUCAGGGAGUGCUGCCAUCUCUCGAGCGAGAAUGGACUCGUCUUGGGUUAAGUAUUCUCGAGGCCUGGCAUGCUGAACGCCAAGUCGACAAGAUUGUGGCUCAAGUGAACGGUGCCAAAUUUGUAGCACUCGAGAAAGUUCGCGCUGUACCAUUUACGCCAGGGCGUAUCUUUGGACAAGAAGAUCGGUCCAGCAAUCCAGCAAACUCUGCCAUGAGUACGUCGUCGCCCGCUGUAUCAAUGAGUGAUUCAUUGCACGUUGACCCAUUGCUCUGCGAGAUGGUAUCGUUCAGUGCACAAUGGACGCUUUUUGAGCAGUUCUUGCGCCGAUCUAUGCAACCAGCACCAGAUGUGCGAAUGUUACACACCGGUCUUCAGGACGCUCUUACCAAUGUCAUGAUGCAAGUAUAUGUACCACUGCAGACGUAUGCUCUUCGUGCGAGUGUUGAGCAGGUGCACAACCUCGAUACGCCCGAUCUGCAAUCACGAUCGUAUUCGAGCUCUCUACCCGAUGACAUGUUCUUUGCACUGCGUGCCGUGCUCACUCGUGCUCUUUCUACUUCAUCGUUGGCCAUUGUUGAACGAGUGAUUUCUCAUGCAAUAUCGAUUGUUGAGAAUGACUACGUGGAAAUUGUGGUACUUCGCAUGGAUGGAUGCAGACGGGCACUGAACAUAUCACGAUUGGUCGACGGUCCAAGGCGUUCUGCGGCAGUCCGGGAAGUCCGCACAACCAUUUGUGUGUAUUUGAAUGUGCUGGACGUCUCAGCCAUGUACACGGAUCGUAUUCUCGCAGACUUGUCGAGCACGACGUUCCUAGAAGCAUACUUUGAUGCCGAGUCUGGGUCGGCGACUGAGUUCGACGCCAGUUUAGGUUCAGACCCUAGCACAAACCCACAGUCGGGCAAGAAAGAUGCCCCAGCUCCACUUACUCCCCAUCUCAGUGCUCUGGCUCUUGCACAAAGUGCAGUUGGGCGUCUUAGUGUGCUCACGCCAAAGCUACGCACGACAUUGCAUUUUGAGAUGGAGGAACUCUUCCGCUUCCUUGUGGAGCCACGAAUCCAAGCCCUUGUAUCUGACGUGUUGCGAGACAUGGAGUAUCGACUCGACGAGAUUUCGUACGCACGAGUCAAGGAGUCGGAUGCCAUGGCCGAUCGCGUGCGAACUGGGUGGAACUCUUGCAUUCUUGGCUUCCGCGACCAGCUGACAGAGUCAAAUUAUGCCUUGCUUUUUACCAUGGCCGUCGACGCGUUGGUUCUGCCGUGGGAACAGGCCGUCAUGCAGCUUGCGUUCACAGAACUCGGCGCCUUGCGCUUCGACAAGGAUCUGCGCGGCGUCCUUACAGCACUUAGCGAUCUUGCGUCGUGGGGUAUUCGAGACAAGUUCCUGCGCCUACAGCAGAUUUCGUAUGUGCUCAACAUGGACGAAGAUGAGACAGAUACCAAUGAUGUCUUCGAAGCAGGCAUCGCUUCAGGAAUUUCUUGGCAGCUAACUCCCGCCGAGGUCCAGAGCGUGCGUUCCUUACGUGUCAAUACCGCACCACAAGAACGAUCGCUCUCAUAA